AUGGCAAUUCCCAUUGAGCGUGGUUUUAUAAUUGUUUUAUUACCUUUGGUUGCCUCAUCUUCUAUCUGCGUUAAAAAGCCCAGUCUUAUCCAGUGCGUCGCUCUAAAAAACCAGUAUAUUCUUCCUAUCAAAGAAAGCUGCAACCCACUGAAAAAAGACUGCCAGGCAGGUGACUUAGUAGACCCGCGAGUAGCCAACUGCCAUUUAGAACUUAGUGGAAACACCUUUCACUCUUUACUUGAGGGUUUCAAACUUAGCUCUGGCUAUAGAUGUUUCCCUAUUGUACCAGAACCUGAUCUAUUUCACAGGCGAAAUGUGGGACCCAGCUUUGGCGAGCCUCGAUGUGUUCCAACAAAGUAUAACCGACUCGGAAGUUUCGUUUGCGGCGAUCACGGAACACGAUGUGUGUGCGAUGCACCCCCUGAGACUGGGUAUGCAGAGUCCUGGUGGAGAAACACGUGCAGGUACUAUAACAGAAUUCCCCCGACGUGACCCCGGAUAUUUUAAGUCGGUGUCUGUAGGAGCUGCCCUGACAGUGGCCUGUGAACAGGCUCUCUUUUUGGGGAAAAAAUAGUAAGGAAAGCGAAGUUCCUAGUUCCCCGCUCGACCUGUUCAUAGGCUACCUUGACAGUUGCAGUGAUUUUUGUGAACUGCACUUAGGACUAUAGCUGGGCUGGGCAUGUUUCCGAAGUGUGUCUGUCUUAUAAGAAUUUUCACAGUUGUGAAGUUUCUGAUGUGAAAAUUUUGGUGGUAUUUUGUUUAUAAAUUAUCUGCUACAAGAGAGAAGGAAAGACGGGCCGAACGAGUGCUGUGGAAACAAAUCAAACCUUUAAGCUCAAAAGAGGGUUGUAGGACAAGUAGCGAAAUCAUGGGUGGGUUACCAUGGCAACUUCUAUGCUCUGUUUGAUGAGUUUAUGUAGUUUACCCCGAGCUUUGAAAAACCUGCGGAUUUAGCCGUACCCUACCCCCGAAAAAGGAAAAACGGCAUUUUUCCUUCUUAUCGGGAGAUAUUAAGAUAACAUAUAUGGGCCAAGCUUCCAACAACUCGGCUCUUUUGUUUAGCUCGGGAAAUGAGCCCACACUAUACCAGAGGAAAGACUCUUUACUGGACCAGACCCCAGAGACCUGCGGAAAUCAAUCCUAUUCCUUUUUCGUAAUAUUUUUUUCUUAUCAUAGGUGUCAAUUUUUUGUGAACCUUUGUCGCAUCCCAAAAGUCUGUGCGAACCGGGCAAUCUGCAAAAUGUGGGGAUCGGAGCUUCGCUGUGAAUGUGGCUCUCACAAAAAGGACUGCAAGCCAGGAGUUAAUCAGUGUAGAGCUAAUCCAGGACUGUGUGUAGAUGAAGGAAAUAUGUGUAUAGAGCUGUAUGAUAAUAAUAUGGGCUGGAGUAUAGGAAAUGAAAAAGAAGGCGACGGAUUUGCUUGUAUUUCAACAGACACUGUUAAAUCACUGAAAGACAACACUCAUUAUUGUGACGUUUCUAUGGAGACUUUUACAAGAAUAGGUGGAGUAGAGCCUAGAAAUGAGUUAGACUUGUGCUGCUAUCGGAUGCUGACAUGCGCAGGCGGGGAAAGUAUUCCCCCAAAAGGAACUGUAUUCAGCUACCGGCCAUGUUAUUGUAACGUGGAAUUUCGAAAGUGCCUUCUUGAAGUAGCGCAUGAUUUGAAAUACAAAAAGAAAGCCCAAGACGUGAUAAGAGUUGUCGAUAGCAUAACACACUGCAGUAUUGACGACGGCGAACAGUGUGAUCCUGCGCGUCCAUGGACCUGCAAGAAAGGGGAUCUAAUCAAUCCUAAAAUUGGGCACUGUGUGAUAGAUUGCAAGACUGGCCCCCUGCUCCCGAUCUGGGCUCGCGCAUGCGCAAUUAGGCAAUGCAGACCACCCCAUCACCAAGACCAUUUAAGAAUUGUAGACGUUCCACUCAUUGAAGAAAGUUCAAUCUGUAAACCAGUCGAGAAACUGCCUGUUGUGUGUGGAAACCGAGACACUAACACGCGAUGUGUCUGCGACGGAAAGCCGAACAGAGCCGACUUCACCGACCGAUGCCGAUGUCAGUAUUGGCCCGAUCAAUGGGGACAUAGACAAAAGGACAGCGAUUAA